ACAGUCAUCAAUACUGCUUGAUUUGCAACAAUUGAGAAGUUUAGGGCAACUGGGCUUUCAUCAUUUUUCCUUGAAUCGUGGACAUUAGUUCACUCUCAAUUCCCCCAGCCUUACUUGUGGUUCCUAAAUAGUUUCUGAAAAACCAGUCCCUCAUAGUCUUCAACCUUCCAAUAAUUCACCACCAAACUAGUUACACUGCCCAUAAUUGAGGAUUAUUACACCUUCUGAAUUUUAUUUGUUCAUCAUAAAUAAUGGACUUUGAUCAUCAAGCACUUUCACCAUUCUCCCCUCCACAAAGAAAAAGGUUCUAGAUUCCCCAGAGCUUUCAAGUUCCAAUAUUAAUAGGUACAUGGGUUUCAUCCGCUUCUACCCUAUAUUAAUUCUAUCUUUAAUAACAAUGCCAAUCGUGUAGGUACACAGAAAGCCCUAAUUACAUCUUUUCUUUUGCACAUAUUCCCUACAAAAUUGGAUUACUAUAUUGAAUGCUCUAUAUAAUUAUUUGACAUUUUUGAAAACGCUAAUGCUGUGAUUUGAGUGGACUAUCAUUAGGGAGGUUGCCACCUGCAGUGGUUUCCUGGAUGAUCAGAUUCUUUUCUCCCCUGUUGAGGCCAUGCUCGACCUGAUUAUAUUGUGCCUCCUCCUUUUCCAUGCAAAUUACAAAUGUUGAUGAACAAGAAAUUCAAGAACCGCAUUUCCUCAAAGAUGGAGGGACUAUGGGUCAAUCACCUGUCAGACUCUGGCAGUGGUGGCUUAUGGUGUCAGUGAACAUUUUCUUUCUUAUUGUUGGUCAAACUGCUGCUGUUCUUCUUGGGAGAUUCUACUAUGACCAAGGUGGAAAUAGUAAAUGGAUGGCAACUCUUGUCCAAACUGCAGCCUUUCCUAUACUCUUUAUCCCACUCUUCAUCCUAUCCUCUCAAGAUUCUUCAACCACCACUAAAACUACUGUGUCUACUCAGCUUUCUGUUACCACUCUCACCUUAUUGUAUGUGUCACUUGGUGUGCUCCUAGCUGGUGACAACAUGAUGUACUCAACCGGGCUUUUGUACUUGUCUGCCUCAACUUAUUCCCUCGUAUGUGCAUCCCAGUUGGCAUUUAAUGCAGUCUUUGCAUUCUACAUCAAUUCUCAAAAGUUCACUUCUUUAAUACUCAAUUCUGUUGUCAUCCUUAGCUUAUCUUCUGCCCUCAUUGGGGUUCACUCUGAUUCCACAGAACCUGCCGGAGUGUCUAGGGGGAAGUACAUUUUGGGCUUCUUGUGCACCCUCGGUGCAUCAGCCAUUUACUCUCUACUGCUUUCGCUCAUGCAGCUUUCCUUCCAAAAGGUUCUGAAAAGAGAGACAUUUUCUGUGGUAUUAGAAAUGCAGAUCUACACAUCAUUUGUUGCGACAUGUGCUUGCAUAGUAGGCCUCUUUGCCAGUGGUGAAUGGAGGAGUUUGAAAGGAGAGAUGGAUGGGUUUGGAAAGGGGAGAGUAUCUUAUGUGAUGACAUUAGUUUGGACAGCUGUGGCUUGGCAAGUGUCUUCUGUUGGUGUUGUGGGGUUGAUUUUUGUGGUAUCUUCACUUUUCUCCAAUGUAAUUAGUACCUUGGCUUUGGCUCUUGGUCCUAUUGCUGCUGUAAUAUUUUUCCAUGACAAGAUGGAUGGGGUGAUGGUGGUGGCGAUGUUGAUGGCAUUUUGGGGCUUUGCUUCUUAUUUGUAUCAGCAAUACAUUGACGAUUCUAAGCUGAAGGCAGCACAAAAUCAUGUUAAUGAAGUUCUAAUUGAGUCUACUUUAGAGAGGCAGAUUGUUUGAAUCAAUGUGUAUAAAACAGAAAUCGAAAAGAUUGUUGGAAAAUAUUUGACUGUUAGUUUAUUCUCACUUUUUUUCUCCCAAAUUGUUGUAUCACAUUUAUAGGUCCAUUGAUCCAUCCUCAUUCUCCUCUAUCUCUUUUGUCAGAUUUAUUUGGCACUAAUGGUUAUUAGACCAGGGAUUUAAGCUUGA